AUGGCACGAGAGGAUGAUGACCGCGGCCGUGCCAGGUCUCGGUCACGAAGCCGCAGCCCUACCAGAAAGCGCCGGGCCGAGGAGACGACCGACGACCUGCCACAGCCAUACAAUGCCAACAGUCUGCAUGCGACCAAGCGACGAGCUAUAUCCCCAUCCGAGCAGCCGCGCAAACAAAAGCGCCCCGGCGCGCGCGCUCGCAUUUCCGAGGCGGAGCGCGAGGCGAUCCGCCAAAGGCAGAUCCAGCGCGACAGAGAAGCCGCAGAGGCUGCUGCCGCCGCCGCAGCGGUGCAACAAAGCUUCCGCGCGCGUGGCAACCACGACGUUGUCCGCCAACACUACAACAGCGUACCCGAGCGCGGCCGCCAGUGGCGCACCACCGACAGCAAGAUCAAAGGCCUCCGCGUAUUCAACAACUGGAUCAAGAGCUGUCUCAUUCAGCGCUACUCGCCUGACGAGGACCACGCGCCCGGCUCGCGCGAGACGGGCCGCACCAGCGGCAAGGAGCUGCUCAUUCUCGACAUUGGCUGCGGCAAGGGUGGUGAUCUGAACAAGUGGCAGCAGGCUCCUCAGCCCGUGCAGCUCUACGUCGGCCUCGACCCUGCCGACAUCAGCAUCGAGCAGGCCCGCGGCCGGUACAGAAACAUGGGCUAUCCGCGGGGCGGCCGUGGCGGCGGUCGUGGAGGCCACCACCGCGGCCCGCCCGCCCGCAUGUUUGAUGCGCGUUUCCACGUCAAGGACUGCUACGGGGAGAGCAUUGAGGACCUCGAAAUCGUCCAGCAGGUCGGCUUUGACCCAUCGCCCAUGAACCGUCGCGGCUUCGAUGUGGUGAGCAUGAUGUUCUCCAUGCACUACGCGUUCGAGUCUGAGAAGAAUGCGCGCAAUAUGCUGCGCAACGUCGCCGGCGCCCUCAAAAAGGGUGGCCGCUUCAUCGGCUGCAUUCCCAACUCGGACGUCCUUGGCGAGCACGUGCGCAAGUUCAACGCCAAGGCCGCUGAGCGACGCGAAGCCAAGAAGAAGCAGGAACAGGCCAAGAGCGACAAAACUGACGACAAGGAGGCCCCAACCUCGGCCGAGGAGGCCGCGCCCGAGGCUGAAGACGGCGAGCUCGAGGAAGGCGAGGCCGAGCCGUCGGCCGAAUGGGGGAACUCCAUCUACCGUGUACGCUUCCCCGGCGCGACCCCCGAAGACGGCGUCUUCCGCCCGGCGUUUGGCUGGAAAUACAAUUUUUUCCUCGACGAGGCAGUCGAGGAGGUGCCCGAGUACGUCGUGCCAUGGGAGGCGUUUCGCGCCCUCGCCGAGGAUUUCAACCUCGAGCUGCAAUACCACCGCACCUUUCCCGAGAUAUGGGAGGCGGAAAAGGACGACCCCGAGCUGGGGCCCUUGAGUGAGCGCAUGCGCGUCCGUGAGCCGAACGGCGGGCCGCUGCUCGUCAGCGACGACGAGAUGGAGGCGGCGAGCUUUUACGUUGGCUUUUGCUUUUACAAGGUGUAA